GCGAGACAAGGCCACAAUUCGGUCUCUAUUCGCGAGUCCUUAUCUAAUAGGGCGUGCUGUGUAGACGUGAGGGUUUUCGAAACAUUUGCAUAGGAAGCCUGAACCUCCGAUCACGGCCUCGAUGACAGAGUAGAUCGUCAAUUGGCAUAUAAAGGUCAACAGCUCCCGCCAUCAAGGUGAAGCUUCACAACUUUACAAAUUUUAUACAGAACUACGAUAUACCGAAAGAACAUAUCUCCGAUCGAUUGGAAAUCCUGGAACGAAGUUACAUACAUCGACACAUCAAUUCAGACAACGCAAUCACCAUGGCCAUGACUGGAGCAAAGCGUUUAAGGGAGAUGUUGAAGAAGGAGGAUCAUAUUGUCGUCGCACCUGGAGUCUACGAUGGCCUGUCCGCUAGAAUCGCUCUCGCUGCUGGAGCUGAAGUUCUUUAUAUGACCGGUGCAGGCACAAAUAUGUCCCGCCUCGGCGCCGCCGACCUCGGCAUCGCCACUCUCCCAGAUAUGCUCUCCAACGCCUCCACAAUCGCCCAACUCUCCCCCUCCACGCCCGUGAUCGCCGACGCAGAUACCGGCUACGGCGGCCCCAUCAUGGUAUCCCGUACCGUGCGCUCCUACGCUUUGGCCGGAGUAGCAGCCCUCCACCUCGAAGACCAAGUCCAGGAAAAACGCUGUGGCCAUUUAACCGGCAAACAAUGCGUCGGUAAAGAAGUCUACUAUGCACGCCUCAGAGCGGCAGUGAAGACGAGAGAUGAGAUGGGCUCAGAAAUGCUCAUUAUCGCCCGCACAGACGCGCGAGCGGACUUGGGAUUCGAGGAAGCCGUGGAGCGUCUCAAGGGCGCCGUCGAAUGCGGCGUCGACGUUUUAUUCCUGGAAGCCUUGCAGAGCGAGGAGGAGUGCAAGAAGGCUGUGGAGAUUUUCGCUCCCACGCCUGUCUUGUUGAAUAUGGUGCCGGGAGGAAAGACACCGCAGAUGGGAGUGAAGAGGGCAAAGGAGAUUGGGUUUAAGCUUUACAUUAACCCUACGCUUGGUUUGGAGGCGGUGGUCAGACCGCUUGAGAAGGCGUACAAGAUGUUGGUGGAGCAGGGAACUGAUGAGUGUGAACCUAUUGGUCCAAAGGCACUCUUUGAAAUCUGUGGAUUGAACGAUGCAAUGGAAUUUGACGCCAGCGUUGGUGGAGCUGCUUUUUCCAAGUAACAUGUAGCUGUCAGA